AACAAUUUUUAGCUCUCUCUUUGUCUUUGUCUGCCAUGCUCCCUUCUCUCCUCCUUCCUCACUCUUCCCUCCCCCCCUAUCAUCUUCUUUAUAAAUACCUCCGGGAUUGUUUGAGCCUUUCGCUGAUACCAGAUUGGGAAUCCCCUCCCCAUUGAGCGGGAGAAAGCAUAGAGAGCAACAGAUGAAGAUGGAGGUGAUGAUACCUACACAACCCAUGAAUUUCGACUUCAACGGUGCCCGUGCCCUUCCCUCGCCAUUCCUGAGCGCUCCUUCCACCCCUAAACGCUUUGGCGAAUUCUAUCUCAGUGCUCCCACGAGUCCUACACGGCUUUCUGACUUCUACCGCGACUUCGAUGAGUUCUCCAUGAACAGCGGCAGCAGAAGGGGCGGGACCCCCUCCGCCAUCCCCUUCGACUGGGAGGAAACUCCAGGGACACCCAAGUUUACAGUCGCAGCCGACAUUGACGAUGAGUUUGCAUUUGAAUUUAGCGAGGCCUCGGAGGGAGCUUCUCGCUCGGCCGAAGAACUCUUUGAUGGUGGCAAAAUUCGGCCUCUGAAGCCUCCGCCAAGGCUACAAAUUGGUGGGAAGAAUGAGCGAGCAACCCGAAGGAGUCCAGCUUCAUCUCCGAGGUCACUGAGAUCGCCAUUAUCACACGGUAAAAAGAUUAUCCGAGAUGCUUUCUCACCGAAACAGAAGAAAGAUUUCGACCCGUUUGCAGCAGCGGUUGAGAAUACGCGCAAGCGGACAGAACACGAAAGAGGAAGGGAGAAAGUACCUACUUCGUCAUCCCCAGGGUCGGGCCGUAGAGGAGCACGAUCGCUCUCUCCUUUCAGGGACUCCGAGAAUCCGUGGGAAGACGAAGUGCUGCUGAAGAACACAAAUCAGUCUCCAAUGAAUUCAAAAGCCUCCUCCUCUUCCACGACUACUGCUGCUGCUACACCAUUGAUGUCUUCCAAGGGCUACAAAAAAUGGAAACUGAAGGACUUCUUACUGUUCCGGAGCGCCUCGGAAGGACGAGCAACAGAUAAAGAUCCUCUCAAGAAGUACACGACUUUGCUCAAGAAGCAUGAGGACGGCAAGAACUCAAGCUUCAGGUCCACCGACAGCUCUGGUUCAGGAUCAAGUUCAAGGAGAAGGGGACCAGUUUCAGCACACGAGUUGCAUUACACAGCAAACCGGGCAGUGUCGGCGGAUUUGAAGAAGAAAACUUUCUUGCCUUACAAGCAGGGUAUUUUGGGGCUACUGCCUUUCAAUUCAGCUACACGUAAAUGAAUCCUCUGAUGUUUCGCUCAUAAAAUAUUUUUUCAUUUUGUUGUAAAGGUCAUAAUCUGUUCCAAUAUGCAUCAAAUUACCAGCUGAGGGGCUGAGUUCUUCUUUAUUUUUUAAUUUUUAUCUUUUUGGUUCAUGGGGGUUUUACGGGAGGAACUAAGUUGAUCAUCAUUCAACAUCCUGCAUGUAGUUAAGGACAUGGUGUGAGGGGUGAUUGAUCUCCUUCUGUUGUUUUAGUAUACACUUGUAAUUGUAAGAAUGUAAGAGCAGAUAUCAUAGGUACUAGAACAAAAUCAGGAUUCAUAUUCUAUGUUC